CCCCGCGUGACCGCGCAUCCCUACUUGAGUCAGCGCGGAAACUCCAAAAGUCGCCUUCAGGCGUGCCCGCGCAUGGCAGAAGAGCGUUUGUCAGGAUCAAAGUCUGGCGUGGACGUGGAGCUUAAAGCACUUGACGGCGCUUUUUGUGUGUGAGGGUGCGUGCGUCUGAAAGUCCACGCCAAUUGGAAAAAAAAAAAGGACGCGGGCACGCGCCUCGCCUAACCUUCGUGGGACUUGAGUAAAGAGAGUCUGUCGCACCGGCGCGUGUGCGCGCUAACAAAAGAACUUUACAGACGCUUGGAACCACGCAGACGUGUUGUCCACGAUGACGUCAGUGUGGAAGAGACUUCAGCGUGUGGGCAAGAAAGCUUCCAAGUUUCAAUUUGUUGCUUCCUACCAGGAGUUGCUGCUCGAAUGCAAAGACAAAUGGCAACCAGACAAAUUGCGUGUGGUUUGGACCAGGAGGAAUCGGCGCAUGUGCUCCAAGCUGCACAGCUGGCAGCCUGGAAUCAAGAACCCGUACAGAGGGAUGGUUCUGUGGCCCGUCCCGGAGAAUGUGGACAUCUCUGUGACCCUCUUCAAGGAAGCGGGUGCUGAUGUUUUUGAGGACAAGGAGUGGACCUUCGUCAUUGAGGGUGAGUGCAAAGGUCACCGUAAGGUUCUGGCGUCUGCUGCGGUCAACUUGAAGAAUUAUGCCAGCGUGACGCCGACGCAGACGGACAUCAGGCUGCCGCUCAAGCCGCUGUCGGUCAAAGUGGUGGAGGCGGAGCUUAAGCUGUCGCUGUCCUGUAUUUUCGUGCGUGAGGGAAAAGCCACUGACGAAGACAUGCAGAGCCUCGCCAGCCUGAUGAGCGUCAAACCCGACGUGGCCAACAUGGACGACUUCAACGAAAGCGACGAUGACGGCGACGGCAAGUCCGCCAACGGCGCGGCAGCCGCGCCGCGCUCUCUUACACGUCCCAAUCGCCCCGCCCCUCCGCCGCCUGAAACCACAGUCAUCCAAGGGGGCGGUCCACCCAACACCCUCAUGGCUCCGCCUCCGCCACCACUUCCUGCCAUCUUCCAGGCAAAAGUGCUGCCCUCUGCCCCUCCUCCCGUCCCGCUGUUGAGUCGUCCGGACCUGGACGCCCUUGGUUCCUCCCUGCUGCCGGCCUUCCCCCCUCUUGCCACAGGUACAUCCUCCCAAAAAGUGGUUGCCACGGAGACGACGUCAAGCGCAAGCCAAAGCGCCGCGGCUGCUUAUGACAUCACGGCAUCUGGACGACCAAUCGCAGUACAGGACUCCAAGACGGCCAGCCCGGAGGAGAUAGUGAGGGCCAGUGAAAGCGCCGAUGCUCCCGAUGGGCCAAUGGUGGCCGAGGCCCCGCCUCCUAUCGCUCCCGCUGUGUCAGAAGAUGAACAAGCGAGAGAAGAGGAGGCGAACCGAGAGACUUCAAGACUUCCGGGAGAAACCGUGCAGGUGCCCACAUCCGAGGAGCUGGCGGAGGAACGCGUGGAACAGAGCAGUUGCGAGACGGCGGCCGAACAGAACCGACAAUGUUCUACCUGGGUCGCGUCCUCGGGUGGGAUCGCGGAACCGGAGCCCGGCCCCGCUGAUGCGCAGCGCCUCACUUUGGUCGCGAGCCUGCGUCUGGCCGCAAAGGAGCAGGAGGAGGAACGAGAGGAGAGGCGCAGGAGGGAAGAACAAAGAAAGGAGAAGUUGCAAAUGGAUGAGGAACUAGAGCAGAAAAGGAAAGGAGAAGAAGAAAGGAGGGUGGAGCAGGAAGGCAAGACGGAAGAAAAGGAUCAACAAGAGAAGAGAGGAGAAGGGAAAAGAAAGGAAGGCAGAGAGGAAGAGAAGGAAGGAGGCCAACAAUGUCAAAUGAAGAAGAGACAAGAGAAAGUGAAGCCCAUUAAGGAGAAGAAAGGGCAACACCACCAGGAAGUCACUAGCAGCCAAUCGGAGAUCGGACCACCUCUCAAGGAGGCGGAGCUUGAUGACAUUGCCUCUGAGGAGGAGCAGUAUGGAGAUGAUGAGGUCACCUCACUACUCGCAUCACCUGGGAUGUUAAAUCCUGCUGAUCCUGGUCCUCUUCCCGGUCCUCUUGGUCUUCCUGGUUAUUUUGCUUCUCCUGGUCCUCCUGAUGUUCCUGCUUCUCCCAGUUCUCUUGGUCCCCCUGGCCUUCCUAGUCCUCCAAGUCUAGGCUCAGUUGUCCAUGGGGAGGCUGGUGCCGACGUGGAGGAGGUUGAAUUUGAGCCAGGUCACGAGGAUCUGGGCUCCAUAUGGUUGGCCGAGCUCUACAUGGGCGGCCGCGUGGCAGGACCAUCUGGCUGCCGUCACGGUGGUGAUGAUGUCACACCGAAUGGCGGCGCGGGGCAAAGCGGUCCGGCCGCCGUCGUCUCCCAGCACGACGAUGCAAAGGACCGUGUCAACAAAGAGCAACAUUUGCAAGAGGAAGAGCGUCUCUUAUUGGAUAGAAUCCAGGUGAUGUCAUCGGACACGCCCCCCAAUGCCAAGAAGCUUCUGGUUCCCGCCCCAGGCGAGAUCAGCGAUACGGAGGCCAAGCGGUGGCCAAGCUCGUCGGAAGAAUGCGCGCCUUCAGGGUGGUGCGCACCCUCACAAGUUCCGGCAAUCAGAGAAGAUGCCGACGGAAAGGACGACGACUGCGACGGCGAGGGCGAGAUGACCACUGGCCAGUCGCUGCUGCGCUGGUGUCAGGAAGUGACGGCGGGCUACACGGGCGUCCAGGUCAACGACUUCAGCGCGUCCUGGAGGGACGGCCUGGCCUUCUGCGCCCUGUUGCAUCACUUCCACCCCGAGCUCAUAGAUUUUCAGCAGUUGAAAGCUCACCAAAUGGAAAGCAACAACAAAAAGGCCUUCGCCGCCUUGGAGUCGGUGGGCGUGCCGCGCCUCCUGGAGCCCUCCGACAUGGUGGCGCUUCCGCUUCCCGACCGCCUCAUGGUGAUGACGUACGCCAGCCAGCUGCGCACUCACUUCACGUGUGUCGCGAGUCGCACCGACGAGGGAGGGGCCGCCGAGCCGGUCCCCCCGCCGAGAGUCAGGAGGCCGCUUCAAGAAGAGGCCACGCCUCCUCUUCCAAAGGAUGAAGGCAAACUCCUCAUCGAGUCUGCAGCAAGCACACAGGAACACGAGUCCCAGCUUGCCAAAGAAGACGACAAGAUGACGCGUCUUCAGGACACGAGUCAGUACGUGCUGAGCGAAAUGGCGACGUUGGAGGCGGAGCAAAAACACGUCGACAGCAGGGCGACGGUGGUGGAGCGACGCCUCAGGAGCCUCAUGGAGAGCGGAAGCGACCGAGCUGAGGAGGAGCGGCUGAUUCAGGAGUGGUUCACGCUGGUCAACAAGAAGAACGCCUUGAUACGGAGACAGGACCACCUGGAGCUGCUGCAAGAGGAGCAGGACCUGGAGAGACGCUUCCAGCUGCUGAACCAAGAGCUGCGAGUCACCAUGGCCUUAGAAGACUGGCAGAAGUCAAACGCCCAGCGAGAGCACGAGCAGCGACUCCUGCAACAGUUGGUGUCGCUGGUCAACCAGCGUGAUGAUGUCAUCCGAAACCUGGACGCCAAGGAGCGAGGGGCGCUGGAAGAGGACGAACGUCUGGAGCGCGGCCUGGCGAUGAGGAGACGGAAGUACAACGAUAAGGAGAAGUGUGUCCUGCAGUGACGCACACUCCCACAUUGACGUGCACUUUUUUAAAAUUUAUUUAUUGUCGUGUAGAUUGUUUUCUUCUGCUCAGUGUGUUUGUAUGUGUGUGUGUGGUAGCUGUCCAAAUUGUCCAGACUCACAAAAACAGCCUUAUGAGUGUCAAAAGAAUUAUUUUACUGUUUUGGUCUUUUUUUUUUUUUUAAUUUUCUAGUGUUUUCUUUUAAUUGAGACUUCAUUUGACUUGACAAGCCAAACGAUGUGUGACGUUACCAUCCAGCAGGGGGCGCAGCCACGGUUGUGCCACCAAGAUUGUAAUACUUUUUAUUAUUGAAAUAAUAAAUUAUUAUAAUAACUCUCA